AAAAAAAAAAAGGAACAGAGGAGAAGGGAGACCAAGAAAAGCCUUUUCUCUCAAUAUCUCGUCGUACUCUAAUUCGGUUUCAUAUAAACUAUACGUAAUCAUUGAAGAUGGUUGUAAUCAUAUUCUUCUUCUCUCUUAUUAUCUGCUUCCACAAUUUUUUAGCAGCUGAUGACAUCUUAAAACCAAAUCAAACACUCCUAGACACCGACCAAACUCUGGUCUCCGCCGGUGAAAAGUUCGAGUUAGGCUUUUUCAGCCCACCGAAUUCCAAGAACCGCUAUGUAGGAAUAUGGUUCAAGAAUGUAGCAGACCUCACUGCCGUCUGGGUCGCCAACAGAGAUGGCCCACUCACAGACUCUUCAGGUGUUCUUAAACUCACGGAAACCGGAAAUAUAGUAAUCAUCGACAACAAAACAGAGGACCUCAUAUGGUCCUCAAAUUCAUCAGCAAAAGAUCCAAAUUUGCAGCUCUUAAGCACAGGAAACCUCGUGGUUAAAGAUGGCAGUAACGGAAACUAUACAUGGCAGAGUUUCGACCAUCCAUACGAUUCGCUCAUAGCGGGUAUGAAGCUGGGUUGGGACUUUAUAACGGGUCAAAGUUGGAAGCUAACCUCCUGGAACAGCCUCCAAGAUCCAUCCACAGGAAGUUUCACGUACGAAGUAGAUCCUCACGGGCUUCCUCAGGUACUUUUGCGCAGAGGCAUAGAUAUCGUGUACAGAAAUGGGCCUUGGGAUGGUGUCCAAUCAGGCGCAGAUCCGCCCCUCCAAGAUGUCCCGAUCUUUGAACCCAACUAUGUUGCCAACGGAACCCACGUGUACUUUACCUUCGACAACGUGGACAAUUCCACGGUUACCAGGUUCUGGUUAAAUCCAUCGGGGUCUCCUGAGCAAUUCCGGUGGAACCAUGCCAACGGCAAGUGGGUUAGCACCUACUCGGUGCAGAGAGACGAUUGCGACACAUUUGAGCGUUGUGGUCCUAAUGGUUUUUGUGACAGCGGUAACACCCCGGUUUGCCAUUGCCCAACUGGGUUUGUUCCAAAAGUACCGGAAGACUGGGCUGCGAUGGAUUUCACCGGCGGAUGUGUGAUAAAGACACGCUUGAACUGUAGUGCAAGCGAGGGGUUCAAGAAGUUCUCACGGUUGAAAUUGCCGUAUGGUUCGGAGUUUACAGUGAACGGGACGGCGGUGAGGAAGGAGGACUGUGAGUUGAUUUGCAGGAGGAAUUGCUCGUGUGUGGCUUAUGCCGUGGCUCGGGUUGGUGGCUGUGUGGUGUGGUCUGGGGAGUUGAUUGAUGUUAGAAGUUUCAGCUCUGGUGGGCAAGAUCUGUACGUUAGAAUGGCUGCUUCUGAAUUUGUCACAAAAUCAGACAAUAGCAAAAAGAUUGCGGUGAUCAUGUCAAUAAUAUUGGGGUUUCUUCUAUUUUCUUUGGUGGGUGGAUAUCUCAUCUGUAAGAGAGCAUCCUGCUUCCUUACAAGCCAAGAGGAAUCAAUAUUUAAUUCAAACAAAGAUCAGGGUCCUCUUCUACUGGAGGAAGAUUUAGAGCUACCUUUAUUUGGCUUGGAUACUAUUUGCAAUGCUACUAAUAAUUUUUCCUCCACAAAUAAAGUCGGAGAGGGCGGUUUUGGUCCUGUUUACAAGGGUGUGUUCUCGACUGGACAAGAAAUAGCAGUGAAAAGGCUUUCAAAAGAUUCUGGACAAGGCUCUGUGGAGUUCAAAAAUGAAGUUAUCUUGAUUUCAAAAUUGCAGCACCGGAAUCUUGUUAGGCUAUUGGGAUUUUGUAUUCAUAGAGAAGAAAGAAUGUUGAUCUAUGAGUUCAUGCCUAAGAAGAGCUUAGACUUAUACAUUUUCAAUCAAACAAGGGAAACUGCUCUUGAUUGGAAGAAGCGCUUUGAUAUUAUAGUGGGGAUAGCUCGAGGACUUCUUUAUCUUCAUCGAGAUUCAAGAUUUAGAAUUAUUCAUAGAGAUCUUAAAGUUAGUAAUAUUCUCCUAGACAAUGAGACUAAUCCCAAGAUAUCGGACUUUGGCUUAGCAAGAAUAUUUGGAGGUGACCAGGCUCAAGUAAAUACUAAGAGAGUAGUUGGGACAUAUGGUUAUAUGUCUCCAGAAUACAUAAUAGAUGGGCACUUUUCGAUGAAAUCUGAUGUCUUUAGCUUUGGUGUCAUGGUUUUGGAGAUAGUGAGUGGAAAGAAGAACAGAGAAUUUAAACAUCCGCAUCAUAACCUCAAUCUUUUGGGACAUGCAUGGAAACUAUGGAAUGAAGGCAAGGCUAUAGAGCUCAUAGAUGUUUUAAUGGAGAAUGUUUCUGCCUCAGAAGUGUUGAGAUGUAUCCAAGUAGGAUUAUUGUGUGUUCAAAAGCGCCCUGAAGAUAGGCCGUUGAUGUCAUCCGUUCUUUUCAUGUUAGAUAGUGAAAAUGCUUCAGUGCCUCAACCUAAACUACCCGGAUUUUACACGGAAAGAACUUUUAUAGAGUCAGUUGAUUCUUCAUUGUCAUCAUUGAAAAAGCCAAAUCAUGUUUCGACUGACGUAACUGUUACGAUAUUACAAGGGAGAUAAAAAUAAAAAAGAAAAAGAAAAAGAAAAAAGAGGAAAGAAGAAGAUGAUUGAAUUGAUGCAAGGAAAAAGUCUUCGUUUCGUUGUUCUAAACCAA